AUGAAUGAUACAUGGGGUGAAAUAUACAAUCAAUGGACUGGCAAUGGAUGGCAAGGAACUGGACUCCUGGGAAAUCUAGGCAGAGAUGAUGCUGAUGUAGGAUUUGCUUCAAUGGCAACUUGGACGAUCUAUUACGAUUUCCUAGACUUUUCUAAGCCUUCAGUACGAACAGGGGUCACAGGACUUGUUCCAGCACCAAAAUUAGCAUCCAGAUGGUUGAUACCUUUUUACUCUUAUUCGAAGACGAUGUGGCUAACUGUUGCCAUACUUUUCUUUACAUGUAUAAUCGCAUUAUUUGCCAUUAGAUACUGGACUCCUGCAAGAAAGAAUAGUGAACCGUUGACAAAUGACAUGGUGAACUUACUAGACUCAUCCGUUUGGAGUAUCCUCAAACUGUUUAUCGUACAACCUGUAAGCGAAUGGGAAAUUGUGCAAGGUUUCAAUGGAGGACUUUUCAUGUCUUUGUUAUUUCUUGCUAGUUUGUUUCUUUCCACCACCUAUAGCAGUGGAUUCUCUAGUAUAAUGACAAUACCUCUAUAUGAAAAUCCCAUCAAUACUGUCAUGGAUUUUUACGAGAGUGGACUAGAAUGGGGGGCAACUGGAACUGCAUGGAUUGAGUCUCUGAGAGGAGCUGAAGAUCACGUUACUAAGGAAAUAGUGCGACGAUUCAUAGCUGUUUCAGAAGAAGAACUUCACAAAUUAUCCUUCACAUACAAAUUUGGCUUUGCUAUGGAGAGACUACCAAAUAGGAACUUCGCUGUGGGUGCCUAUGUGGCUAAUAACGUUAUAGGUGAUUAUCGGGUAAUGGUUGAAGAUUUUUACUGGGAACAUUGCAUUUUCAUGCUAAGGAAAAGUUCCAUCUUUCUUCCGAAGUUUGAUGCCUUUUUACUGAGAGUAUUCGAAACUGGACAUAUCAAUCAUUGGCAAAGUGAGGCUAUAAUGCAAUAUAUGGACUUCGAGGUUCAAAAAAUUGUUGAAUUUUAUAAUUAUCAACACCAAGUGGAGCAUGUUGUGGAGAAAUUGACUAUAACUCAUUUAGAAGGAGCGUUCGCCAUUUUGAUCAUUGGACUAAUCAGUUCUACAAUAUCAUUCAUUAUUGAGCUGUUUAUAUAUCGAUACAGACAGGUCCAUACUUUGAGAUUACCUUUGAACAAAAUAUGUUCCAGGUAUUUUAUACGUCGGCAAAAUUAAAUGUUCAAUAGUCUAAACAGA